GAUCCUCCUCUCCUCACUUCUCUCCUGCCCCUGAGAAGACAGACCGACAGGCACCUACUCCUCAUCAUUCUUCAUCAUGGCAACAAUGAUGUACUCCUCCUCCUCCUCCUCCCGGAGCUCCAUGGGCGGGGGCAUGGGUCUGGGCUCCUUUGGCUCUGACCGUGGCCUGAGCUCAUACAGUGUGGCUGGGGGAGCAGGUGGCGGCAGCAUUCGGGUUUCCCGGGCCAGCCGGUCCUUCUCUGCCGGUGGCGGCGGCGCAGGGUUCGGCUAUGGAGGAGGAGCAGGUGCAGGUUUUGGUGGGGGUGCAGGUUUUGGUGGGGGUGCAGGCUUUGGUGGGGGUGCAGGUUUUGGUGGGGGUGCAGGCUUUGGUGGGGGCUCAGCACUCGCAGGGGGUUUCGGGAGUAACGAUGAAAGUGUCGUUGGCAACGAGAAGUUUGCCAUGCAGAACCUGAACGACCGCCUGGCUACCUACCUGUCCAAGGUGGCGGCGUUAGAGAAGGCCAACACCGAAUUGGAGCUGAAGAUCCGGCAGUUUGCAGAGGACAAGGUCAGCCCAGCCGGCAGGGACUACAGCGCCUUCUACGUCACCAUCGCAGAGCUUCAGGGCAAGAUCCAGGACGCCCUCAUCGCCAGAGGCACCGUGAUGCUGAGUGUCGACAAUGCCAAACUCGCCCAGGAAGACUUCAGGAUGAAGUAUGAGAACGAGCUGUCCAUGCGCCAGUCGGUGGAGGCCGACAUCGCGGGGCUGAAGAUGCUGCUAGCUGAAAUAAACAUGACCAAGGGUGACCUGACCAUGCAGAUCGAAAGCCUAAAGGAUGAGCUGGUGUCCAUGAGGAAGAACCACGAGGAGGACCUCCUCUCCAUGCGCACCCAGGUGGGCGGCCAGGUAAACGUGGAAGUCGACGCCGCUCCUCAGGAGGAUCUCACGAAAAUCAUGGAGGAGAUCAGAGAACACUACGAAGCUGUCGCCGCCAAAAACCGCAAAGAGCUUGAAGGCUGGUUCCAGUCCAAGACAGAGACGCUCACAAAGGAGGUGGAGACCACAGAGAUGACGUUGAAGACGACCUCAUCAGAGGUGAAGGAGGUGAAGAGUCAGCUUCAGGCUCUGGAGAUCGAGCUCCAGUCUCAGCUCAGCAUGAAAGCCUCUGUUGAAGCGUCGCUCGCCGACGUCCAGAGCCGCUACGCCAUGCGGCUGAAUAGCUUCCAGAUGCAGGUGAUGUCUCUGGAGGAGCAGCUGACCCAGCUGAGGGGUGACCUGGAGCGGCAGGGCCAGGAGUACCAGAUGCUGCUGGACAUCAAGACCCGGCUGGAGAUGGAGAUCGCAGAGUACCGACGGCUGCUGGACGGAGAGGCGUCCAGAUCCUCGUCUGGGCUUUCUUCCUCCUCUUCUUCUUCAACCACAGUUACCAAAACUGUGAUCACCAAGGUGAUCGAGGAGACAAGUUAGGCGUCCACCGGCUGUCUGACUGGGGCGGAGUCAAACCUCAACCUGUCGCCUUCCUGCUGAAACAGGAACUGCUUCUUCCUGAUGAGGAGCACGCAGCUCAUCUUCCUCCUUCUAUACCUGUUGGGUCUGUGAGGGAAACCUUAACCAGAACUGUCUUCUAAGAAAUAAAAUAAACUCU